CCGCCGUGCGCCCUAGAGCUGGGGGCGCAGCAAGAGCGCUGGCUCCAGUUCCAGAAGCGCCAGCGGGUGAGCUGCGAAGAAGCGGCCAAGCUCCUGCUGGACACCUUCGAAUACCAAGGGCUGGUGAAGCACACGGGAGGUUGCCACUGUGGGGCUGUCCGUUUUGAGGUCUGGGCCUCGGACGUCGUCCACGUCUUCGACUGCAACUGCAGCAUCUGCGUCAAGAAGCAAAACCGGCAUUUCAUUGUUCCGGCCUCACACUUCAAGCUGCUGAAGGGCGCCGACAACCUCGCCACCUACACCUUCAACACCCACUGCGCCAAGCACACCUUCUGCAAGACCUGCGGCGUCCAGAGCUUCUACACCCCGCGCUCCAACCCGGACGGCUACGGAAUAGCACCGCACUGCUUGGAUGAAGGCACCGUGAACAAAGUCACAGUGGAGGCGAUCAACGGCAAGGAGUGGGAGAAAGCCGUGAAAGCCCACCCCACCAUCAGAGCCAUGUCGAACCCAUGACCCAGCCAGUUCGGGACAGGUGCCCUGAUGGUUCACCUCUUCCCCUCCACCCCUCUUGAAACCCUCCUGUUUGUUCCAGGUAGAUUUAGGCAAUAAAGCUUGUAUUUUUGUAAAAUAAACCUUUUUGUGCCACCCCUUUUUUCCCCAUGAGUAAACACUACCGGAAGAACGAUUCCCCAACAAAUCUUGUUUUUUUUAAUACCUCCCUCCCUCCCAUUAAAAAGG